UUGCUGGAGAUGAGUAGUAGACCGCUCGAUAUUCAUACAAAAUGUUGAACAUUUUUUAAUUUUGUAAAUUUUUUUGUAAAUUCAAUUUUUUUUUCUAGUUUGUAAUUUCUAAUUUCAACGAGUUUACGUUGGUCGUGCCCAAAGAUAUAUUUUCAUUUUUCUUAUCUUUUUUUCCAUCAAUUUGCUGUGCUUAGUGCCAGCAAAAUCAGAACGAUUCAAUUUUAUCUAUCGAAAAACAUAAACAGAGACGGCAUUUAGUGUGAAAAUGAAACCAUUGGCCACAGGUCAGCGAGUGUUGACGUGGCUUAGUGUGUGUCCACCCGAUGAAUCCACGAGCAAAUGCCAGAAACAAGUUUAUAUCAUUUGCAGUGUUCUCGUUCUCGUAGCAAAUGUGAUUGGCUUCGUAACGAGCGUGGCUUAUGUUCACAGAUUUGUGUCGAUUGAUUUGGAAAAAUCAUUGUGUUCAAUGUUACAAAUUUGUGCAAUGGGCUGUGUCUCGUAUGCAUAUAUUUUAAUGUUUGUGUUGCGGCAUAAAGUUACGGCUUUUUUGGGACAUCUAUCACAGAUCUACAAACAAUAUGCGAACGAGGAUACGUUUCGAUAUUUGGCUGAGGCGAACAACAAAAGCGAAUGGUUGUGGAAAUUUUAUUUCAAGUAUCUGCUUGGCGGAUUUCUUAGUUGCAACGUGUUCUCAACUAUAGCUCUAGCAAUAGUCUGUUGGCUGACCUUUGGUAAAUUGGAUACAGAUUAUCUGCACAUUCCAUAUUUGGUUAUAUGGCCAUGGAAUCAACAUACGGUUAUGGGUUACUGCGUAGAGAUUUGUGCUGAUAUUAUCUGUGGUUUUUGCUAUUUCUUCUACAAUGGCAUCGUUCUGUUGAUGUUCAUUUCGAUUUGCUGGCAUCAUCGUGCAUUUUGCCAGAUAAUUGGCCAUUUGGUACGCAAAUUGGACCAACGUGACACAAGCCAAAAUGACAAAGUGCUACUUUCUAAGUUGAUUCGAUCUCAUAUUCAGUUUAAAGUUUUGUUUGAGCAGUCAUCCCAAAUUUACAGCUCAUAUAUUUUAGUUCAACUGAUUUGCAGCAUGGGCGCUUUAGCUUGUUCAGUGUUUCAACUGGACAUGGCGAUCAAACACAUCGACCUUGGACUGUAUAUGGCUAUUGUGAACAUUUCGGCGGGCGCUUAUAAUCUAUUUCUGUAUUGUUAUUUUGGAAAAAUGGUCACCGACAAUUUUGCAAAAAUAUCUGAAUAUUUAUACGAUAUUAAGUGGUAUGAGCUGCCCGUUGAAUUGCAAAAAUAUAUCAUUCUGGCGAUUCAAAAUGCCCAACUCCCGCUUCAUUACCAUGGAUUCAAAGUUGCCAUCCUGAACUUGGAAACAUUUUGUGCGAUGAUUAGAGCUGUUUUUUCGUACUAUAUGAUGUUCAAGACUCUCACAACCGGUUAACUGAUCGAAUUAUUUGAUGAAUGUUUGGAAUUUUUGGCUUGAUGUUUUCGCUUCAGUUAUUUAGCAACUCAAAUGUUUGGAAUAUCAAACAAUUUUGCAAUUUGCUGCAUUUAU